AGUUUAGCAAAAUGUAGUUUAGUUUGUUGUCUUUCAAUCAGCUGACGACUUCUCGAAAAAAAAGUAGAAAUGAUUAUUUACGGCGUCUACAUAGUAAGCAAAUCCGGUGGCCUCAUAUUCAACCUGGACAAUAACGUACCUCGAAUAGAGCACGAGAAGACAUUCACUUACCCGCUGGACUUGGUGCUUGACUACGACCCCAAGAAAGUUUCCGUGUCGUUUAACCGCAAAGAUGGCAUCAAUGUGGGACAUGUGCUCGUCGCCAUCAAUGGCAUGCCAGUCAACGGCGCCACGCUGGAGGACGGACGGGACGUGAAAACGACGCUGGAGUCGCCCGACAACUUUCCGAUCAACCUGAAGUUUAGCCGGCCCAAAAUGACAACGAACGAGAAAAUCUUUCUCGCGAGCAUGUUCUAUCCACUGUUUGCCAUUGCCAGUCAACUGAGCCCGGAGCCCAAGAGCUCCGGCAUUGAGCUGUUGGAAGCGGACACCUUCACGUUGCAUUGCUUUCAAACGCUCACCGGAGUCAAGUUCAUCGUGAUCUCGGAAACGGGCCUGAACGGCAUGGAUCUGCUGCUGCGCAAAGUCUACGAGCUGUAUUCAGAUUAUGUGCUAAAAAAUCCGUUCUAUUCGCUGGAGAUGCCUAUACGCUGCGAGUUGUUCGACAACAAGUUGCAGGAACUUCUGUUGCAGGUGGAGAAGACAGGGAUUAACAAUAUUGAUAAAUAAAAAUAAUAAUUUGUUGAAAAAA